CUAUAAAUUGCGAAGAACAAAUUCGCUUCGGCAAAAUUUUGCCUACGUAAACUUGUUUCUUUUCAAAUUACCUCGGCAUUCAUCUCACCAUUUACCGAUGUGAAUUUGAAAGGCUAGAAAUUAAACCUAAACCUAACUAUUUUUCGUUCGUAAGAUAUUCAGCUUCAAAGAUUCCAUCUGACCUUAUGUCAUCUUUAUUGACGAUAUAAUGUAUAAAUUAAUACUUGGAAACUGAUAUAAUAGUAGAACUUUUAAGCAGUGUGGACUAGGAGAUAUCUUGAUAUGUUUUAAGUUUUGUAGUUUAAAAAUGAUCUCAUCUUUAAUUAUAUGUAGAAAUGUAUUGUCAGCAUUUUUUCAGAACUUACUUAGCUAUGACAUCAUAUGUUAAUAUCUAUAUUAUAAUACCCAUAUACGUCUGUCCGUCCGUCUGUCUGUCACGCAAAAUGGUAGCUUAGCUGCGCAGGUAGCGAGACGCACGCAAUGCGGUAUAUAAAGGACGGGCAAACCCGUGGAUUUUUCCACGGGCUAACGACUAGUUUAAUUUUAAAUACUUGAGAACGAAGAAAAAGUUUUAAAAAAUUACAAAUGACUUGCUAAACACCUUUUAUUCUCCACAAAAUACAAGCAGAAAUAACUUUGUAGUUUAAGAAUGAUCUUAUCUUUAAUUACAUCUAAGGAAUGUAUUGUCAGCUUUUUUCAGAACUUUCGUAGCUAUGACAUUAUAAGUUAAUAUUUUAGUGAUUUGAUAAACAACUUUUAUUUUCCACAAAAUACAAAAAUAUCGCUUUAGAGUAGGAAUAACUUUCCGUCAAAUCUCAGUCUGAAUGUCCUAAAACCCAGUUUUCAUCGAUAAUACUGAAUCCGGAACAAAUGUGAUCUUCCUGCAGGCAAAGCGAUGGCUUGCAGCUGUCUAGGUGCCUGAUCACGAGAGUUAAAAAGAGGAUAGUAUUUAGACAUCAAUAUUUUGUUUUAUGGUGAAGAUAUUGUCUUCUAAUAAUCCAAAUAAAAAGGCGCAAGAUAAAUCAAACUGAGAAAGUUAGCCGACAAAAUAAUAUGUUUUGUUAGUUUUUACAUUAUAUCAACAAUUCUAUCGGAUUAUUUUGUUUUAAUUCGAUUGGGAAGAACAAACAUUCGUCAGAGAUCAUAACGAGUUAACAUUUAUUUUUUUUCCGUUUCUGGAGAUCAAUUCUCAAACAGGAACAUUUUGUCACAUACCGGUGAUCAUUAUACAAUUUAAAGCAAAAGUUCAUAUAGUUGCUAUGCAGAUUCUUUGUCUUGAUUAUGUUCUCUAAUUAGUUGUGAUUAGUUUUAAUCUGAGACGACAUUUAGUUAAGAGGAAGAAUAUUUUAUAAGGCUAUAGAAAGUAUUUUGUCAGUUCUGUUCAAAGGAGUGUGAUGUAAUGUUGUUUUGUUUUUCGCUAAUGGCUUCUGAUGUAGACUUGUAGCUUUGAUUUUUAUUCUAAAUCGUGAGAAUGAACAGUUACAUUCCUACAGCAGCUAAAAUAACCGUAUGGAUUUGUCUCGCUCACUUCUGGAUUAUUUCUUGUUCCAUUAUUUAUGUGACGUUGGAAGGAUACGACAAAUCUACUUAUAGUGACGAUGAACUGGAUAAAUUUUUUGUGAAAACAUUUUCCAAACAAACUAACCGGUUUUCAAGAUCUAAUACGAAAUUAUAUAAAGAAUUUAAACGACGAUACAAUGAAAUAAUUGAUAAAUCUCAAUAUUGGAAGCAUAGAAAGAAAUUUAAUGAUAUAUCGAAAGUUUAUUUGUUUGUAUUGUCCACACACACGACUGUUGGAAGUUAUGGACUUAAGUUACAAACAUGGAAAGGUCAAUUGUUCUACUUUUUCACAGCACCGAUUGGUGUUCUGCUCUAUCUUAUCAUGUGUCAUGUAAUCGUUGUGGAACUCUUCGAAGUUUUCGCAUACUGCGCUGUGACGAUCUUUAAAAGAGAAUCUAACGGCUGGACGAUGGAUGAAAGAGAUUUAUACGAAAAGUUAAAAGUGGUAGCGAUCUCUGCAGUCAUGCUGAUGUUGAUUGUGUUCUUAUUUGCGUUAAUGACACUGUUUAACCACGAUACCUAUUUAUCUGGCUUGGUAGCCAUGUUGAAUUUGAUCAUGACGGUAGACUCAAACACAGACUUUGUUUCAUUCCAGGACUGGGAGCAUCAUAUUGUUGCAUUUGUCAUGUCCUUUGUUUACUUCAUCAGUAUGCUGUCCAUAUAUUUGUUGGUGUAUUCAGUUUUUAUAUUGUUCAGAUACAACAAGCUACAUGAUAUUGUUAUGCUGUUUCGAUCAGAAGAAGACAGAUUCUUUGAUAUUGUAAGUGACGAAGAAAGUGAAUAUGGUGAAAUCAGAAAACACCAGCAAUCAAUGUCAUAUUACCAUAGUCCUUUAAAAACGUACGAUCACGAACAAAAGCAAUAUUUACCAAUAGGUAUUACAGAGGUGCGUAUGCAGCAGCCACAGGCGUUUGAAAUCUCUGCUGAAGCAAUGGCACUAACAGAUGAUAAUAGUGACGUUAGCUCUAUUAAACCUAAACGAAGAAAAAAAAGAAAGAAAGACCUAUCGAAGCUUGUAAUUCCUUCUACGAAACGUAAGCAGAGUGUACCACAAAUCGAAGUGACGCAGCCUACACCUUCGCCAGAUAAGAAAGAAGAGUCGGUGUCUAGUUUAGAUUCAGAGUAUACCAAUAUAAGUGCUAAAGAGUUUUUUGGAAAAUAACCCUUAUUUUAUUGUGUCAUUAUUAUUAAUACUACUAGUAGCAUAUAUUUCAUGUUUUAAAUAGAAAAAUAAGACAGUAUAUAUAAUAA